CUAUAUAAGAGGCCGAGGCUCCAGCUGCAGGCAAAGAGACAGACAGACGGACAUACUGAGCAUCAGACCAGAGGACCUGUGGACUAAAAUCCACCUCCAGGUACCCACGGCACAGUGAAACCAUCCAGGUGAAGAAUGGGACUGCUCAGUGUUGAAGAGCUGGUGACCGGUAAGAGGUCAGAGGGCAUAGAGGCAGAUGACUUUCAGGGGGGCGUGUACGAGGCGGCCGUCAAUCAGGAGAAGCGGGAUGAUCGCAGAUCCCACGGGGAGCUGGGAGUCGGCGGGCGUCUGUCGGAGGAGAGUGACAGCGGCGGCGAACAGGAGGAAGUUAGCGUGGCAGCUCUCAAUACGGAUCGGAGCGGCAGACUGAAGCUGGAGACGGUGGACGACCUCUUCAACAUCCUGCAGCUGAGGAAGAAACGGAGAGAGAGGAAGAGCCCGGUCCUGAAGAAAGAUGAGCCAGAGCCUGAGGCUGUGCCGGAGACGGUAGACGAGGAGCUGUUCCUCACAGCAGUCAUGGAGAACAAACUGGCUGUGGUGGAGAAGUACCUGUCUGACGGAGGAAGCCCCGAUGCAAGCGACAAUUUCCAGAGAACAGCUCUGCACAAAGCUUCUUUCAAAGGACACGUGGAGGUCAUGCAAAGACUUCUGGAGGCCGGAGCGGCUAUGGAGCAAAAAGACAAGCUGGAGGCCACAGCGGUCCACUGGGCCUGCAGGGGAGGCAGCCUGCCGGCCUUGCAGCUCCUCCUGGAUCGAGGAGCCAAGUUCACCUCCAGAGACAAGCUGCACAGCACUCCUCUGCACGUGGCUGUGAGGACCGGACACUGCGAUUGUGCCGAGCACCUCAUUCACUGUGGAGCAGACCUGAACGCCAAAGACCGAGACGGAGACACGCCCAUGCACGAUGCUGUGAGAAUAAACCGAUUCAAGAUGAUCAAGCUGCUGAUGAUGUACGGCGCCAGUCUCAACACAAAGAACUCUGACGGGAAAACUCCAAUGGAGACAUUGUAUUCAUGGCAGAAUGGAGCCAAGAGCCUCCUGUGCAACUUCAGCGAGGAGAAGCUGGAUCAGUAGAGUUCAGUAAAAACAGGAAGUCAAACUGAAAAUGAGCCACAGGAUCUCCUGGCCACACUGAGGUCCGCCAAGUGCACACUGCAGUUUAUCCUGAGAAGCUUUCCAGAGUGCGGAUGCUGUUUUUUCCUACUCACAGAUAUCGUGUUCCUCAGGAAAUGAGCUGAUGGACGUUAUAUGGAUGUCAUCCUAGUUCAGCGACUUUUCUUUGACCUGCUGAGGUUUUUUUCCUCUUGUAAUAUUAAUGUAUCAUAUGUACGGUCACCAUGGAGACCAGAGUGAAGGAGCGUUUGAUCGACAAUGUGAAAUCUAAUCAGGAUGAUGUCAUUAUUAGCGCCGAUAAAUUCACUGAUCGCCAAAUAUUGCUGGACAAUGUCUCGGACGACAGUACCUGCUUUUCCCUUAAAGCUGAGUUAAAGUCAGCGAGAAGGUGAAUUAUUUAUUAAUGACAAUUCAGUGUCAGGUUCAUUAGCUUCGAUUGUUUGAUUUAAUACGUUUAAUAACUGAGUGACUGAGUUAUGUUGCAGUUGGUUUGUUGAUUUUAACGGUCAGAGUAACUAAUAUAUGUUGUGAGUCUAUUAGGAAGCAACAAAUAUAACUUGACUGUUUUAGCUUUUGCAAAUGUGCUUGUAGUUCAGCUGGAUGUGCAGAUUUAAGGUGAAGCGUGCAUCGUGUAAAAACCCUGCAGCUCAGUGAGCAUCAUCGUUUCUACGACGAUGCGUGUCUCACAGGUUCUUCGGUCUUAUGUGUUUGCAGAUGAGAGAUGAGGCAGGAUAAAGUGAGCUUUGGUCAGGUUGAUGAAGAGCUCUCCACUUACAUUUGAUUUCUGUUGAAUUCGGACGUCUUUAUGUGGUUUUAAAACGUGGAUGUGGCCACUGUGCAGUGUCCAGCGGUUCGUGAAUGACCACUUCAAACUCCCGGCUAAAGUUUUGGCCUUGCACACUUUGGGUUUUUGAAAGCACUAAAGCGUAUCCUUCUUUGUUUAAUAUGCUUUAAACGGGACCAUAGUUUCCAAAAUGAACGUCGUGUUGUAUUCCCUGGAACUAAAUCAACUGACUUCUAUACACAGCCAAGGAAUCGCCCCCUACUGGCCAUUAAAAUACAGUUUAAGGGACACUGACAUACGUUUAGCUCAUUUUAUGUUCGUAUUUUUCCCCUUUUCUUUCUUUUUUAAAUAAAAAGUUCUGUUUGGGGUUUAAAAAAGGUAAUGUUUUAGACUUUGGUCCCUUUUCUGAUUUCAGUUGGUUUCUUUUAUUUCUUAAAAAAUAUACAACUGUGAGAGAGAAGCAGACACUGUUGGUUAAGAGGAAGUUUUUAAGUUUGUGUUUAAAGAUGAAAUUGACUUUUUUUCCCUCUGUUGUUUGAUGUAAUGAAUAAAAGACUGAUUUUUAAUGCAAUUUGCUGUUUAUUGAAGGAUGCAGUAAAUAUAACCUGUGCGUUACUUUAACAGGCUGCAUGUCUGUACAGGUGUAUGUGUAUAAAAAUAACUGUUUACAUUUGAAAAUAAAAUGUAUUUAUUUUUUUC